CUAGCUGCCUAGCUAGCUCGAGUGCUCGAACAUCGGCACCCACAAGGAAUUACAGCUGAGAGCCAGCGACGAUGGCCAAGCUGUUGGCGGCCGUGUUGCUGGUCGCGCUGCUGGGAUGCGUGGCGCAGCCUUGCCAAGCAGGGUAUGGAUAUCCCAACCCGAUGCCGCCCACCCCGGGAAGACCGAGUCUUCCGCAUCCUGCCCCGAAGCCCAGGAAACCUUCCCAUCCACCGCCCGGUCCAAGGGCACCGAGGCCUCCGCCGCCUGUUCCAAGGACGCCGAGCUAUCCUCCACCGCCCGCCCCAAUAAGCACAGGCAGCCCACCGCCGCCCGCCCCCAUAAGCACGCCAAGCCCACCGCCGCCCACACACAGUCCUCCGCCCCCCGCCCCGAUAAGCACACCCAGCCCUCCGCCCCCCGCCCCGAUAAGCAUACCCAGGCCCCCUCCGCCCACACCUAGUCUUCCGCCUCCCACACCCAGCCCUCCGGCUCCCGUUCCGAUAAGCACACCCAGCCCACCUCCGCCCACACCUAGCCCUCCGCCGCCCGCCCUAAUAAGCACACCAAGCGCACCUCAGCCCACACCUAGCCCUCCACCUCCUGCCUCGAUAAGCACAUCCAGCCCACCUCCACCCACAUCCAGGCCUCCGCCGCCCGCCCCGAUAAGCACACCAAUCCCACCUCCGCCCACGCCUAGCCCUCUGCCUCCUGUCCCGGUAAGCACACCCAGCCCACCUCCGCCCACAUCCACGCCUCCGCCGCCCGCCCCAAUAAGCACACCAAGCCCACCUCCGCCCACGUCUAGCCCUCCGCCUCCCGCCUCGAUAAGCACACCCAGCCCACCUCCACCCACACCAAUCCCUCCUCCACCUGCCCCGAUAAGCACACCCAGUCCACCGCCGCCCAUACCUAGCCCUCCUCCGCCAACACCCAGCCCUCCGCCUCCUCCACCAUCCACGCCUAGCCCCCCGCCGCCGACCCCGAGUCCACCGCCUCCGCAGGGACUCACCGUCGGCCACUACAACAAUAUAUGUCUCCAAGCAGAAGCCAUUGUCAGAAACACUGUCAGCGCAGCUAGCGUCGGCACCAUGGCUGGGCUCAUCCGUCUCUUCUUCCACGACUGCUUCAUCAGGGGUUGCGAUGCCUCCGUGCUGCUUGACCAGACCGAUCCCAACAACCCGCCGGAGAAGCUCGGCGUCCCAAACCUGACCUUGCGAGGGUUCGAGGUGAUCGACAUGGCCAACGCCAAGAUCCUGGAGGCGUGCGGCAACGUCGUCUCAUGCGCCGACAUCCUGGCCUUCACGGGCCGCGAUGCCACCUUCUUCCUCAGCGGCAGGAAGGUCGACUUCGACAUGCCUGCCGGCCGCUUCGACGGGAACGUGUCCUUGGCCAGUGAGACGCUCCCAAACCUGCCGCCGCCAUUCGCCACCGUGAAUGACCUGAAGGCCAAUUUCGCCUCCAAGGGGCUCACCGCCGACGAGAUGGUCACCCUCUCCGGCGCGCACACCGUCGGAGUCUCCCACUGCUCGUCCUUCUCCAGCCGCCUCACCAGCACUUCCGACAUGGAACCCGGGCUCAAAAGCUCCCUCCAGAGUCAAUGCAGUUCCAACACCGGCAGCGACAACACUGUCGCACAGGACUUGAGGACCCCCGACCAGCUGGACAACCAGUACUACAAGAACGUGCUCAACCGCCAGGUGCUCUUCGAGUCAGAUGCCGCGCUCUUGAAGGCGACGGACACAAGCGCGGCUGUCCGCGCCAACGCCGGGGACACGGGCCAGUGGGAGGAGAAGUUCAAGGCAGCAAUGGUGAAGAUGGGUGCCAUCGAAGUCAAGAGCAGAGCCAACGGCGAGAUCAGGAGGAACUGCCGCGUCGUUAACACAAGAUAGACGAUCAUCCAUUGCAAGUUCACGACGGCUUGUGAAUAAGCUCGCGCUCUCCCAUGUGCUUGGAAUUUGGAUUAAUUCCCGUUUGUAUUUACCUCCAGCCCUCUUAGUGUUGCAUUAGUUUUCUCGUUUGACCUAACAUUUUGUACAACAACAAUGUGAAGAUCGAUCAUAGUGGCUCUUCAAUUAUUCAGAUUUAUACGUAUGCUGUGCAUGAUUUAUGUGUUAUCACAAGCAUUUACUAAGGUUA